UUUGGCACCGCGAUGGGGAAGCGCAGGGACCGUUCCUGCCCAGGCAACAGGAGAUUCCAGGCUCCCAAGCGGAUCCUCCGGGAAACUUCGGGAGCUGCUGGCGCGGCCGUUCCCAUUCCCACUGAUCCCACCGGGAUGGACCCCCAGGGCAGCGGGAAUGAGGCUGAUCCCGAGGGAAUCCAGGUGGGAGAGCGUGGAGCCGGACCCCCUCAGGAAGGAACAGACGAGGGAAUCAGAGAUCCUGGAGCACCGAAACAGGGAAUUCCGCAUGGGAUGGGAGAGGAUCAUCUGGAGUUGUCCCAACAGGGAAUUCUGGAGGUGGAUGGGGCAGGAGAGGAGCAGAGAGAGCCACCAAAACCAGGAAACUGGGAUGGGAUGGGAGAGAACUGUCCAGAAUCACCCAAACCGGGAAUUUUGGAGAUGGACGGGGCAGGAGAGGAUGGGCUGGAGUCAGUGGAGCAGGAAACUUCGGAUGGGAUGGGAGAGAAUCACCUGGAAUCAUCGCAGCUGGGAAUGCCAGAGAAAGAUGGGGCAGGAGAGGAACAGCUGGAAACAGCAAAACAUGGAAUUCCAGAGGCAGAUGGGGCAGGAGAGGAACAGCAGGAGCCACUGAGAGAGGGAAUUUUGGAUGGGAUGGGAGUGGAGCGAGUGGAAUCAUCCCAGCUGGGAACUCCAGAGGCAGAUGGGGCAGGAGAGGAACAGCUGGAAACAGCAAAACAUGGAAUUCCAGAGGCAGAUGGGGCAGGAGAGGAACAGCUGGAGCCACUGAGAGAGGGAAUUUUGGAUGGAAUGGGAGAGGAGCAACUGGAAUCAUCGCAGCUGAGAACUCCAGAGGCAGAUGAGGCAGGAGAGGAACAGGGGGAAACAGCAAAACAUGGAAUUCCAGAGGCAGAUGGGGCAGGAGAGGAGCAGUUGGAGCAGCUGGAACAGGGAAUUUCAGAGGGAACAGGAGAGAAUGGGCUGGAAUCACCAAAACCAGGAAUUUCAGGGGCAGAUGGGGCAGGAGAGGAGCAUCUGGAAACACCAACACCUGGAAUUGUGGGUGGGGGAGGAGAGGAGGCACCGAAACCGGGAAUUCCGGAGGGGAAUGAGGCAGGAGAAGAGCAGCCCGAGCCACCAAGAGACGGAAUUCGGGAUGGAACAGGAGAGAACGAGCCAGAAUCCCCAAAGCAGAAUUCCAGAGCCCCCGAGGACACAGCCACAGCCACGGAGGGUCCGGAUGCAGCGGGAGAGAGGGAAGGAGGGGACCUGGAGCAGGGAUGGGGGGGGGACACGACAACACAGGAUCGGCCCCAAGACCCCCGGAGUGGGGAGGGGGACCCGGAGAGUGGGAAUGGCGAGAGUGGGAAUGGUGAGAGGGGGAAUUCAGACAGUGGGAAUUGCAAGAAUUCUGAGAGUGGGAACGAUGAAAGCAGGAAUGCCCAGAGUAGGAAUACCAGGAGUGGGAAUGGCGAGAGUGGGAAUUCAGAGGGCGGGAACACUCGGAGUGGGAAUUCCAACACGGAGCUCCCGGAGCCGGAUCCCGCAGCUUCCAGCACCGACCCCCAGGAACACUGGGAAGGGAUCAGCCUGGAGCUCCCAAUAGAGCAGCUGCCCCUGGACACCCCUGGACACGAGGCCAGGAGCUGGAUCCACCCCAAAUCCAUUGGGAACAGCCCGGCCGUGCCGUGGGACAGCAGCAGGGCGGAGCCGGCGGACGCCACCGACAUCAUCCGGGGGCUCAUCCGGGAGCUCUCGGACCUCAACCGCCUGGCCAUGGGGGCCCGCCGGGGGCUGGAGCUGCUCCGCAGGCCGAGGCCGCGCCAGGGCCGGAGGAGCCGCUGGAAGGAGCCGUAGGGACACCGGGACACCUGGAACAGCCCUUUAUUCAUGGAAUAAACACUCCUCC